AAUUGCAGUUUCCGUAGGAAAAGAGCCGCUAGAUUAGCGUGACGUGGGUCUUGCAGCUUGCGAGGAGAUGAGUGGUAAGCGGCCUGCUGAGCCCGUUCCGGGCCGGGCUGGGAAAAAGGGAAAGAAGGAGGUGGUGGCGAAGUUUUCGGAUGCUGUCACGGAGGAAACCUUGAAAAAGCAGGUGGCUGAGGCCUGGAGUCGCAGGACGCCAUUCCGCCACGAAGCCAUUGUCAUGGACAUGGACCCCUUUCUUCACUGUGUGAUCCCAAACUUCAUCCAAAGCGAAAACUUCUUGGAAGGACUUCAGAAGGAACUUUUGAACUUGGACUUCCAUGAAAAGUAUAAUGAUUUAUAUAAGUUCCAGCAGUCUGAUGAUCUGAAGAAGAGAAGAGAGCCUCACAUCUGUGCUUUAAGGAAAAUUCUGUUUGAACAUUUCCGGGCUUGGCUUUCAGACAUUUCGAAGAUUGACCUGGAAUCAACCAUUGACAUGUCCUGUGCUAAAUAUGAUUUCUCAGAUGCCCUGCUCUGCCAUGACGACGAGCUGGAAGGACGCCGGAUUGCCUUCAUUCUUUACCUGGUUCCUCCCUGGGACAGGAGCUUGGGGGGUACCCUGGACCUGUACAACGUUGACGAGCACUUUCAGCCGAAGCAGAUUGUCAAGUCUCUUAUCCCUUCGUGGAACACACUGGUUUUCUUUGAAGUGUCUCCAGUAUCCUUUCACCAGGUUUCCGAAGUCCUGUCUGAAGAAAAGUCGCGUUUGUCCAUCAGCGGCUGGUUUCAUGGUCCUUCACUGACCAGGCCUCCCACCUACUUUGAACCUCUUGUACCUCGGAGCCCUCACAUCCCACAAGAUCAUGAAAUUUUGUAUGAUUGGAUCAACCCUACUUAUCUCGACAUGGAGUACCAAGUUCAAAUUCAAGAAGAAUUUGAAGAAAGCUCUGAAAUUCUCCUAAAAGAGUUCCUUAAGCCUGAGAAGUUUGCAGAGGUGUGUGAGGCUUUGGAGAAAGGAGAUGUGGAAUGGAGCAGCCGAGGUCCCCCUAACAAAAGGUUUUACGAGAAGGCUGAGGAGAGCAAACUUCCUGACAUCUUGAAGGACUGCAUGGCAUUAUUUCGCUCCGAGGCAAUGUUCUUGCUACUCUCCAACUUCACAGGCCUGAAACUUCACUUCUUGGCCCCUUCAGAAGAAGGUGAGCUUGAGGACAAAAAAGAGGAAGCAGCAGCCUCUGCUGCUGAUAACACUGAAGAAGGACCUAGCCGCAGUUCUGAGCCAGAGAGCAGGCGGGCGGCCAUCAGCAACAGCAGUCAGCAGAGCAACGAACAGACCGACCCAGAGCCAGAGGAAAACGUUACAAAGAAAGAAUCAAGUGUUCCCACAUGCCAGGGGGAACUGAGGCAUUGGAAGACUGGUCACUACACUUUAAUCCAUGACAACGGCAAGACUGAAUUUGCCCUGGACUUACUUCUCUACUGUGGCUGUGAAGGCUGGGAGCCAGAGUAUGGUGGCUUUACCUCCUACAUUGCCAAAGGAGAAGAUGAAGAGCUGCUAACAGUGAAUCCAGAAAACAAUUCUUUGGCAUUGGUCUACAGAGAUAGAGAGACUCUGAAAUUCAUCAAGCAUAUUAACCACCGAAGCCUAGAACAAAAGAAAACUUUCCCAAACAGAACAGGUUUCUGGGACUUUUCAUUUGUCUAUUAUGAAUAAGGUUGGGCAAAGCUGGAAAGAGGAGACCCUUCCUCAGUACUGGGACAUCUGGAAGAGUUAGGCAUCUAGCGAAGGAGAGCUACAAGGUGACC